CGCCACCUCUUCAGGCGCUUCUUGUCGUCCAUAUUGAAAAGAAACCCGUGAGUCUCUCCAAGAAAGUUUGAAAUUUGUUGUCGUUAAGGAUCCACCGCAACUAUACUUGAUGCCGAAGAAUAAAGGAAAGGGAGGAAAAAACAGGAGGAGAGGGAAGAACGAAAAUGAGACUGAAAAGAGAGAGUUGGUUUUCAAAGAGGAUGGUCAAGAAUACGCUCAGGUGAUCAAGAUGCUCGGAAAUGGCCGACUAGAAGCCAUGUGCUUCGAUGGUCUCAAACGGCUCUGUCACAUUCGAGGGAAACUUCGGAAAAAGGUGUGGAUUAACCAGGGUGACAUAAUCCUGGUGGGCCUGAGGGAUUACCAAGAUGCCAAGGCAGAUGUUAUCCUCAAGUACAACCCAGACGAGGCCAGGAACCUCAAGUCCUACGGUGAACUUCCUGAGCAUGCCAAAAUCAACGACACUGUCCAGUUUGGUGAUGAAGAAGAGGACGAUAACAUUGAGUUCGAUGAGGUCAGCGGGGAUGAAGACAUCGAAGGGAUCUAAGAAGCUGAGAAGCUCCCUGUGGCUGACACAGUGGAAUGGCUGGAUGUUGUAUAUGUUGCUGAAAGCACGCCUGCCAUUUGCGACAUGCUCUCACGCCCCAUGUAACUGACAUGGCAGAAGUAAUAAAUUGUAUUUAAUUGCUACUUGUGCUCAACA